AAAAAUAGAAGCGGAAAAAGGAAAAAAAAACCGAGAAGAAAAGAGCAGAGAGCAAGCUGAAAGCGGAAAGCCCCAGCUCUCUUCCCCUCUUCUUCCUCAGAUAAGGAGGCCCCAGGCCAGGGAAAAAACAGUUCCUUCAUUAUUCCGAGCACUGAGCCGCCUACCAGGAGCAGCAGGAGUUGCUUGGUCAGGAGGAGUACAGGCUGCCAUUUCCAGAGAAGGAAACAGUUUUUUUUUUGGGGUUCUCUGUGACGACCCCUGUCAAGAAUCAUGACUGACCACUUGCCAUGAAGCUGCAUGAACUGGAGGCACCUGAAUGCUGUGUAUUAUUCCGAUGCAGAUGAUUGGAUCGGUGGUUUCAGCCUUUGGAGGUUUUAAUCAGAUGGUGUAUGGAUCAUAACAGUAUUGUGUGAGAGACCAGAUUUUCACUGUUUACUGGUACGGUUUCCUACUGAUCUGCGGCUGCGUAGGAAGGCAUUCUCUUUUUUGCCGUGCCAUGGAUGUCACAGAUGUUCAGCAGAGUGUCGGAUCUCUGGAUGCCAGAGGCAGCAUGCCUAAUCUUUUCCAUGCCCUUGGACCAGCACUCUUGAUUUCAAUAGGUUACAUUGACCUCGGGAAGUGGGUGGCAGCAGUGGAAGCUGGGUCGCGCUUCGGAUUUGAUCUUGUGUUGCUGGCUCUUCUUUUCAACUUCACGGCCAUUGUAUGCCAGUACCUUGCUGCUUGCAUUGGAACGGUCACAGGGAAGAAUCUUGCAGAGAUCUGCCACCAAGAGUACAGCCAGCCAACAUGUAUCUUCCUUGGUGUUCAAGCUGGAUUGUCCUUGUUGACCUCAGAGCUGACUAUGAAUUUUGGCAUAGCACUUGGAUUCAACCUCCUGUUUGAAUAUGAUGAUCUCAUCACUGGGAUAUGCUUUGCAAUAGUUGUUCCUAAUCUGCUACCAUAUGCUAUAUCCCACCUGGGAAAGAAGAUGGCAGGGACAGUAAAUGCUUGCAUAGCAGGAUUUGCACUUCUUUGCUAUGUGCUUGGCUUAUUGGUCAGCCAACCACAAAUUCCUCUCACAAUGAACAUAAUAUUCCCCAAGCUGAGCGGUGAAAGCGCUUACUCUCUGAUGGCACUUCUUGGUGCAAACAUAAUGGCACACAACUUUUACAUUCAUUCAUCAGUUGUGCAGGGUCAGAAAAGAUCCUCUGCAGUUGGUCUUGGCGCCUUAUUUCAUGACCAUCUUUUUUCAAUCUUGUUCAUGUUUACUGGGAUCUUUCUUGUGAAUUAUGUUCUAAUGAACUCUGCAGCAGCUGAAUCUACUAAUACUCUUCUCCUUACCUUUCAAGAUGUUGUAGAGCUAAUGAACCAGAUAUUUGUAAACCCUUUGGCUCCAACUAUAUUUCUAGUGGUUCUUCUGUUCUCCAGCCACAUCAUCUCAUUGACAUCUGCUAUUGGUAGCCAAGUGAUUUCACAGCAUUUGUUUGGUAUAAACCUUCCAUUUUCGGUUUCGGGGCAUCAUCUCUUACUGAAGGGUCUUGCCAUAGUUCCUACUCUGUACUGGGCAAAGGUUGCAGGCGCUGAAGGGAUAUACCAAUUACUAAUUAUCUGCCAGAUUGUCCAGGCCAUACUCCUUCCAUCAUCGGUCAUCCCACUUUUUCGCAUUGCUUCAUCAAGAUCAAUAAUGGGUUCCCAUAGAGUGUCUCUGCACCUGGAGAUAUUGGCUUUUCUUGCAUUUCUCCUUAUGCUAUUUUCAAAUAUCAUAUUUGUGGCAGAAAUGUUGUUUGGUGACAGUGGCUGGAUGAACAAUCUGAAAGGGAAUACUGGAAGCCCUGUGGUGCUCCCAUAUAUCGUUCUUGUUCUAGUGGCUUGUGGAUCUGUUGCUUUUUCACUGUACCUGGCUGUUACACCAUUAAAAUCAGGAAGUCAUGAAGCUGAAUCCCAGGAAUGGUCCAUGCAUUUCCAGCGAGAACUCUUGAAUACUCCUCAAGGAAGGGAAGAGGCUGAAGUGGAUGAUGUUACAUAUGAGGAAGAACAGAGAUCAGAUGUUGACCCCUCUCCCAGGGCUCUGCCUGACAGUCAUCGGAAAUCAGCCAUGGAAUAUAUUGAUACUUCUGACACUGCUGUAGAAUCUGAGCAUGACUCUCAACAAUCUACUGCUUACGCAUCAACUGUUCCUGAAACCUGCCCCUCCCCAUCAUUUACUCCUGAAGAGUCAAAAUCAAUUGUUGCAGUCAACUGGCCAGAGCCUUUGGAGAAGGUUUCAACUUCUACUGUGAUAGAGGAAAGUACAGUAGAAAGUGUGGACUCUAGGAGCACAACUGAAAGGGAUGUUUUAGUAGAAACAGGUGUUUUUGCAGAUAAGGAUAAGGAAGAUCCACAUGUUUUAGAGUCUGAGAAGUCAGUUUGUCGUAGCACCCCUCCUUGUGUGUCCGAUGAUGGCCCACCAUCCCUUACCUUCAGCAGGGGGAAAGGCUCAGAUGCAGGCAAUGGCAAUGGGAGUCUCUCGAGGUUAUCUGGUUUGGGCCGUGCAGCAAGGAGGCAGCUGGCCGCCAUUCUUGAUGAGUUCUGGGGGCAUCUCUUUGAUUACCAUGGUAAGCUCACUCAAGAAGCUAGCACUAAAAAGUUUGAUAUCUUACUUGGGCUAGACAUCAGAACACCUAGCCCAUCUGUAAGAACGGAUAAACAAGCUACCGAAAUCCCCAAGAGCCUGCUGGUGAGAGACACAAUGCGAGGGUCAGCUUUCUUGUCAAGCUCAAGGGACCUGAUGUCCCCAAAGAAUGAGGUGUCAAACUUGGACAUGACAUACGAGCUUCAGAGGGGCACAAGCAUGGGGUCGUCAACCUGGUCUCAGGGCAUGCAGUUACCAAAUACACAGAUGCAGAGCUCAAGCAACAACCAAUUCGAGCAAAGUGCAAGACUAAAUUCGAAUUUUGGUCCACCAUCUUACUCUGACAACAACCAGUUCUACCAGCCUGCAACGAUUCAUGGGUAUCAGCUCGCGUCUUACUUGAAACAGAUAAAUGCCAGUCGGAAUCCUUACUCUAGCAUGCCACUGGACCCACAGCGGCUUCCAAAAUCAUCUGUAUCUGCUGCGCCAAUGUAUGUUGAUUACAUGAUCAAUGCUCGUAACCAGAAUUUGCUUGCUUCACUGGGUCAGGGUGCUACUCCUUCACAGAUUGCAGCAACAUCCCGCAUAGGCUCCAUGAUGGCCGAAAGAUCCUAUUAUGAUUCUUCCACUAUUGAUGGGAGUGAAAGUGCUGGUUCAUCUGCUUACUCAAAGAAGUACCACAGCUCACCUGACAUAUCUGCACUAAUUGCUGCAAGCAGAACUGCACUGCUGAAUGAACCAAAGUUGGGUGGUGCCACUGGACCCCAGUCCUACCUUAGCAGGCUGGCAUCAGAUAGAUCUCAAUACGCGAACUCAAUAGCCAGGCCUGUAGCUCCACUUGCAUUUGAUGAGCUUUCUCCUCCUAAGCUUCAGAGUGAUAUCUUCUCGGCGCAGUCAAGCAUGAGCUCAAGUGCUAGAUCCCUUUGGGCUAAGCAACCAUUCGAGCAAUUGUUUGGCGUGUCAAGCGCAGAGCUCAGUAAAGGCGAGUUUAAUCUUUCAGGCAGAUCAGGCGGCAUGGCCAAUGAUGAUUUCUCUUAUAAGGAGUCUGAAACGAAGCUUCUUCAGUCCCUCAGAUUCUGCAUUCUGAAGCUCCUAAAGCUAGAGGGAUCAGGGUGGCUGUUCAAGCAAAAUGGUGGCUGUGAUGAAGAUCUAAUUGAUCGAGUUGCUGCAGCAGAGAGGCUAUCACAGCAAUUAACUACUGAGAAUCAACUGCAGCAUGGUGAUCUUCAGCAAGCAUCUUCCGAUCAGGUGGACAUCCAGUACACGCGAACACUGCCCAACUGUGGAGAGGACUGCGUUUGGCGCGCCUCCCUUGCUGUUAGUUUCGGUGUCUGGUGCAUUCGCAGGGUGCUAGACAUGUCUCUAGUGGAAAGCAGGCCAGAACUUUGGGGCAAGUAUACUUACGUUCUUAACCGUCUUCAGGGAAUCCUAGAUCCUGCAUUCUCCAAGCCACGGAGUGCUCUGACCAUAUGUGCUUGCCUUCAGAAAGACAUCAGAGUGCUCAACGUUCCGCCGCACAGUGGGCUAACAGGUCCCAUUCCCAUGCCUAUCCGGGGCACCUUCACAACUGCAGCUGUGGUCCUGGAGAUGAUCAAGGAUGUGGAGACCGCUGUCUCAGGCCGCAAGGGCAGGAGCGGCACAGCAGCAGGAGAUGUCGCUUUUCCCAAGGGGAAGGAGAACCUGGCCUCCGUGCUCAAGCGGUACAAGAGGAGGCUCGCGAGCAAGGGACAGUAAGGCGUCGACAGCAGCUGCGAUUUUAGGGAGUUGACCAUUGUUCCCCAGGGAAGUGCCAUCGGUCUCCCUUAGUCCUGGAUUUUUUUUCGUUGCACAACGUUUGCAGGGGCCGGUCACCCGAUGAUCUUUUUGGUCCCUUCCAGCAAGUUUUUCUUCCUUUUCUUUUUUUGGCAUGUGAUGUUGUAUAAGAGUAAGUGGCGUAUGUACUCAAAAGGACCCAAAAUGUACAAGAAAAAAAGGAAAUGUAGUCUGCCGAUGCACCAUUGUAAAGUCCACUCUGCAGGUUAACCUUUUUUGGGGCCUUGUUUGUACCCUAUGUUAUCACCCUGCAGAGAGGUUGCGAAGACAGAACAACUCACAAAUUUGCUGCUGCAAUCAAUUUGUAAAUCUUGCUUCA